AUGGGCACGAACUGGCGUUCCAAAGCAUUCCACGACGUGUGGUACAAGAACCUGAAGGAUGCCGGUUUUGCUGACCGCAUUGCCUGGAUCCGUGCUGCUGCUGCAUCGAGACCCCGGAUGGACCUCUCCCGCAUAGGCUGCUACGGUAGCUCAGUCGGAGGCCAGAAUGCUGCGGCAGCCGUGAUCCACCACAGAGAUUUCUACAAAGUGGCCGUGGCCUUGUCCGGGUGUCACGAUAAUCGCUUGGACACCCUGCAAUGGAGCGAGGUGCGGAUGGGCUACCCCGUCGAUGUCAGCUACGAGGCGUCUUCCAAAGUCACGCAUGCGGAGAAAUUGGGCGGUCUGUUGAUGCUGGUGGCGGGCGAACUUGAUACCAACGUUGAUCCAGCGUCAACGCUGCGCUUGGCGGACGCCCUCAUCAAAGCCGACAAGGAGUUUGACCUGGUUUUCGUGCCAGGGGGCACGCACUACGUUGACGAAGUGCCACUUGUCCAGAAGAAGCGAGAUGUCUUCUUUAAAAGACAUCCAUCGACACGAUGA